AUGCUAAUCUUCAACCAUUCCAACUCCGUGACCUUUGCUCUGUUGGGCAUACCUGGCUUAGAGUCACAACACUUGUGGCUGUCUCUUCCUUUAUCUUCCAUGUUUUUGGUUAUCCUCAUUGGCAAUGGUGCUAUCCUCUUUCUGGUGGCCACAGAAUCCACACUCCAUACACCAAUGUAUCUGCUCCUGGCCCUGCUGAUGAUGGCUGACCUCAUAUCUACUCUAGCUCUUGUACCCAAGAUUCUCUGCCUCUUCUGGUUCAAUGAUAAGGACAUUGCUGCUAAUGGAUGUUUUACUCAGAUGUUUUUCAUCCAUGGUGCAUCCGUAGUGAGAUCAGCCCUACUCGUGGCAAUGGCUUUUGACCGAUAUGUGGCUGUGUGUGAGCCCUUACGCUAUAACACAAUUCUGAGCCCUUCCCUUGUUGGACGCCUUGCACUGGCUGCUCUAGCCAAGGGUGUGAUUCUUAUCUUGCCCAUGCCUCUUCUGCUUCAGAGGCUGACUUUCUGCCACAUGGUCAUUCCCCACACUUACUGUGAUCAUAUGGCUGUGGUUAAAAUUGCCUGUGAUCACACCAGGCCUAAUCGAGUCUAUGGGCUCUUCGUAAUCCUUCUUGUUGUAGGCCUUGACCUCCUGCUCAUUGGCAUCUCUUAUGCCCUUAUCCUGCAAGCAGUGGUGCACCUUAAAUCCCGAGAUGCUGUCUACAAAGCCCUCAACACCUGCUCAGCUCACCUCUUCGUUAUCCUUGUUACCUAUGUGCCUGCACUCUUUUCCUCUCUCACCCACCGAAUUGGUCGCAAUAUCCCACCACAUGUCCACAUCCUCCUGGCUAAUCUCUACCUUCUUUUACCCUCAAUGCUGAACCCCAUCAUCUAUGGUAUAAAGAUGAAGGAAAUAAGGGAUAAGGUGGCCAAAUGCCUAUGCAGAGAAACAGCAUAG